AGUCCUGCGGAGCUUUGGGAUGAGGCAGACCAGCGCGAAAACGUCGUCCCGGUGAGGCAGAGGCUACGAGGGUUACUUCGAGACCCUCAACAAGGAGACGACGAGGCGGAGGAGGAGGUGGAGGAAGAAGAAGAAGAAUGACGACGACGAGCCGCCAGCAACAGCUGAUGCCCAGAAGACAUCGCUUGCUGCUCCCGGCCGCCGAUCUUAUCGCUGCUGGGCUGCUCCUCGUCGUACUCGGCCUCGCGACGACCGCCAGGGCCAUCGAUCUUUCACAAUGUAUCGCGCCGCUGGGCAUGGAGACCGGGGCGAUACCGGACGCCGACAUAACAGCGAGUUCGAGCUUCGACAGCGGCAACGUCGGCCCUCAUCAGGCCCGAUUGCGCACGGAGAAUCACGGCGGCGCCUGGUGCCCCAAGGACCAAGUGACAAACGAUCCGCGCGAGUGGCUGGAAAUUGAUCUUCACACGGUUCACUUGAUCACCGCCACGGGCACCCAGGGCCGCUUCGGCAACGGAGUCGGCGUCGAGUACGCCGAGGCCUACAUGCUCGAGUACUGGCGGCCCAAGCUCGGCAAGUGGGUCCGCUACAAGGACAUCAAAGGCCAGGAGGUGAUUAAGGGCAACGACAACACGUAUCUGGAAGCGAAGCACGAGCUUGAUCCGCCGAUAUGGGCCAGCAAGGUGCGCUUCCUGCCCUACGACUCGCACAUGCGCACGGUCUGCAUGCGAGUCGAGCUCUACGGCUGCUAUUGGAGCGAUGGCAUAGUUUCGUACUCGAUGCCGCAGGGCGAGAAGCGCGGCGCCGACUGGGAGUUCUUCGACGCGACCUACGACGGCCUCUGGGACGGCGAGCUGCGCCGGGGCCUGGGCCAGCUGACCGACGGCCGAGCCGGCCCCGACAACUUCAAGUUCGGCUUCCACACGCACGAGCGCGGCAAGGGCUGGGUCGGCUGGCGCAACGACACGAGGAACGGCCAGCCCGUCGAGAUCAAGUUCGAGUUCGAUCGCGUCCGAGAGUUCUCGGCCCUGCACAUCGUCUGCAGCAAUCAGUUCAGCAAAGACAUCAAGGUAUUCUCUCAACUGGAAGUUUUGUUCAGCGUCGGCGGCAAGCAUUACACGGUUGAGCCGAUUACCUACAGCUCCAUGGAGGACGGCAUUUUUGAGACCGCGCACAAUGUCACGGUUAAGCUGCACAAUCGCGUCGGAAGAUUCGUUAAACUGCGCCUCUACUUCGCCGCAAAGUGGAUUAUGGUCAGCGAGAUCUCCUUCAUUUCUGUUGUGGCGCACGGCAACUUCAGCGAGGAGUCGCUGUACGCAGCGACGGAGCAGCCACACGUGCACCAGCAGAGCAAACAAUUGGUCGUGGACUCGAAGGCCAGCAGCAGCAGCAGCAACAACAACAACGCGUCCAGCCCGAUCGGUGUGCUGAAGGAACCGCCCGUGUCGCAGGCCAAGCGCGACGACCCGACCUACAUGGCGGUGGUCAUCGGCGUGCUCACGGCCGUCAUUCUGCUGCUGGCCGUGGCGAUAUUCCUGAUCGUGUCGCGCCACCGCCAGCGCAAGUGCUUCGCCAGUCCGGUGAACGGCGGCAAGGCCCCGUCGCACCUGGGCGGCUCGUCGACCUGCGCCACCGUGGAGAAGGGCGCGGCCCUCAUGGCCUACACCCUCGAGGACGACGAGAGGUACGCCGGCGGUUCUUUGCCCACCUUGCCGAGGGAGCUGGGAAAUCGUCUGCUGGACAUUGUUAAGCUCGACGACUAUCAGGAGCCGUAUCAAGCGCUGAAGUACGCGCCCUAUUACAGCUACAGUACCGUCGUCAUGGAGAUGAAGGAUAGGACGCCCAACAACAAGCCCAACAAUGUCAAUCAAUCCGUCUAUGCUAAUGGAGGAAUAGACGCGUCUUACGACUACGCGGUGCCGGAAAUGGCCACGCAGCAGCCCUUGCUCAACAAUGCCUCCUCGGAUGGUCGUGGCGGCGGCGGCGGCGUCGUCGCUCUCGGCAUGAACGGGCUCGUGGCCAGCAGCACCGGAAGCGACCAGGACAGCUGCAGCUUCUCCAAGGCCUCGUCUCGCAGCAGUAAGCCCGACGAUAAGAAGUCGCCGACGCAACAGGAGGUGCUCUUAGCCCUGAAGAAACGCCUCGAGCAGACGAGCGUGCCCGUAUUCCCACGGCAUCGGCUGCGUAUGCUCUCCAAACUGGCCGAAGGUGCAUUUGGCUCUGUCUACAUUGCGGAAGCGGAAGGGAUUCCGGAGUAUGGCAGCAGCACUACUCUCGGCAAGAGGCUCGUGGCAGUCAAGUUUUUACUGCCGGAAGCGAACGAGAAGGAAAAAUUGGAUUUCCAGCGCGACGUUAGGAUACUGGCCGCGCUCGAGGACCGCAAUAUAGCCCGGGUAUUGGGCGCCUGCUGCCGCGAGGAGCCCUACUGCGUCGUCAUGGAGUACCUCGAGCACGGCGAUCUCUGUCAAUUUCUCAAGACCCACGUCACGGCCGAGGACGCCCACUCCAUGCCCAUCGGUGUCAAGACUCUCAGCUUCAACUGCCUCAUUUACAUGGCUGCGCAAAUUGCAUCGGGGAUGCGGUACUUGGAAAACCUCAACUUUGUACAUCGAGAUCUGGCAACGAGAAACUGCCUUGUGGGAAAAGCUUACCACAUCAAGAUAUCGGAUUUCGGCACCGACAACGAAUUAUACUCUUGCGAUUAUUACAAAGUCGACGGAGGCAUUCCACUGCCCGUAAGAUGGAUGGCUUGGGAAUCCUUGGUGCUGGGCAAGUACACGACCAAGAGCGACGUAUGGUCUUUCGCGGUGACGCUGUGGGAGAUUUUGAAUUUGGGCCGACGCCUGCCUUACGAGCAUCUGAGCGACGAGGAGGUCGUGCGGGCGCUGCGCCGAGUCUGCCGCGAGUGCAGCAGUGCCACCAGCGAGGAGACGUCGCAGAUGAAGAGCAGCGAAGACGAGGACAACGACGAUAACGACGACGACGACGACGAUCGCGAGCAUCUCAGCCACGAGAGGAUGGAUUUCGAGCCGCUGCCCAAACCGACCGGCUCCUCCAAAGACAUCUACGAUCUCAUGCUGGAGUGCUGGCGCCGAGACGACUCGGAGCGGCCGACCUUCCGCGAGAUCUCGCUAUUUCUGCAGCGGAAGAAUCUCGGCUACGCGCCGACCACGGCCUCCUGA